AGAAAGGCGACAGAGAGUUCUGCUAGCUUGUCUGUGGUUCUUUCGCAGACCUAAGUAGCAACUAUGGGUCCUUCCUGAGGAUCGCUCCGUCGUUCACGAUAGCUCGCCUGUCGAUUGAGCUAGCCACCAUGUCCCCUGGCGAAGAGAAGAUCCUUGACCUGGAGGCCGGGUCGGAUGCUGCCCUCAGCAGCAGCGAGAGCCACGAUCUGGCAGAGGGUAGUACCAUCCUCGCGCGCGUCGAGCAGUCGCCCGGUGUGCAGCGGGGCGUCGGGCGCUUCCAGUUCGAAGCCCAGGGCGCGUUUGGAGCGCGGCCGUACAACCGAAGGAAACGGAAGGACCGAACUAAUGGUGGGGGAGAACAAGGAGAACCCGAGCCCCAUCUGUUAUGGACGGGAGAUGGAGGCGAUCUGGGCUACAUCUCAGAUGAAUGUGAGGACGGAGGUGGUGGAACAAAUAGCCUUGUAUCAACACCAAAUUGCCGGGCGCUCACCCCUGCGUCCACCUCUCGUGUGCGAACUCCGUCAACUCUGCCGCAGCCGGCGACGCACGUCAUCAAUGCGCGCGGACAGGCCUUCGAAGCUGGAGGGGGCGGCUCGUGUCAGCCUAGUCCGCGGAAUAAAGAGCGACUGCCGACGCCGCACCUCACGGUGGAAGGCGAAUGCGAGAAGAUUGCCAACGUGCUUGCGCACCACUGUGCGCGUGACCGCCCUUUGGUGAUGGAUGUGUGGACAGAGGUGAUGCUGCGCCUCGGGAUCGAAUCUUGUCACGAGUACUGCAAACACCGCGUGCGGGUUCUCUGCAAAUUCAGGUACUAUUGAAGGAACGUGAUUCUCAUUCUACUGAUUCCGAUUCGUUCCGUGAUGUGGUCUUUUUCACCUCGACGACCAUGAUUUCAUUUCUUGAUACUGUUGUGUGUACAAUUUUGAUUUCCUGAAGCGGAGUACCAGCACUUCUGUAUCUGUUCAACAAACUCUUUCAGAUUUCUCGUACCGGAAGAAGUUCCAAGCACCCAGGGUGGCCCCUAUUGCUGUAAGCGGAAAGAAGAGGCCUUCCAGUUGAACGUAAACAAGAUUCGUCUGGUGGACUGGCAAGAAGAGCUGGAUCUUCUGCGGAGGCACUUUGCGCGCCAGAUGCGUGCACGCUCGCACAUUCGGUCCUCGGCGACGCAUCAGCAAUCUACAGGAGGUUCGCAGCGUGGCCUGCAAACCGAGUCACCCAGCCUUGCUGUAGUCGUACCCGCCGCCGCGGUAGAUAAAAAUCAUAUGCACGACCCCCGGCCGAGGAGCAACAACAGCAUUAUCAAGGUCGCGACGACGCCUCUUCUGGACAAAGACAUCAAUACCGACGAGCAAAACACGACCGAAAUAGCGGCGACGACGGGAUCCUCGAGUGUGAAUCGCAUGCAUGACUCCUCGCUGGAUUUCGCAGCCGCGUAUCAAACGCAGCCGGGGGAAAUCAUGCGCCUCGGCGAGACGUUCGCUUUGCGGGCCCACGGGUCGCGCGUCGCCUGCUUCCGUGCUCGGUUCAAUCCGUUUUACCGGACCAUGGGCGACUCCGGGAAGGUACGGGUGGGCGGCUGCUGCUUCCUGUGGAUCCUCGCCUGGUUUGCGUGGCAGUUGAGCGUGCUGCUGAUCGGCGUCUUAGUUUUUUUCACGGGCAUUUUCGCGGGUUCCGUCCCCAUCCUAACUUUGGGUGAUACAGAUGAAGAGGGCUGCGAGUUCCAGCUCGACGAACUAGACGAAGACGUGGAGGUUGGCGAGUAUGAACACGAUGAGCCGGCGGAGGAGGAUCCGCAUUUGCGGGCUGCGGAGAAACUUUCCGUCGCAAAACGGAAGCUGCACAAGGGCAACAGAAGGCGUGAGCAAAGUACUUAUCCUGCUCAGGAAGAAGAGCUGCAGGAAGUUUCCAGUGACAACCCGUGCAGCAGCAGCAGCAGCAGCAGCUUUGACGAGCGGGAGGCACUGAAGCGCUCAUCGGGUGAUUUUUUGCCUUCUUCGCGCUGUCGCAGAAGAAACAGCAACACUUCUUCGACCUUCAGCAGAAAUAACCUCGUGUCAACAUGCAGCAGACACUUCUCGUCGCGUGGGAUGAACAAAAGUUCAUCGUCGAAGAAGAUGACCAGUAAGGACCACGAAACCUACGAAGAGAUUCUCGAAGAACGACACUACUCCGCGACCACAAACACGGUCACCUCAUCAACAAAGCGGAUCAGAGUCGCGCUGAACGCACUGCCUGAUUUGGAAAACCCCAACGCCCCGGCAGACUGCUCGGGAGACGAGCUGGACUACAGUACAGGUGGCAACUCGAAGAUGCAGAAGCACCACUUGGACAAAAAUGGGCAGCACGACAGCCCGUCUAGAAGUUGUAUUGCGAAAGAGCACGACGAAAACAAGGUUACAAAACUUGGAAGACCGGUUCUCUACGGGCACGUGUACCAGAUGCGGAUUCGGGCGAACGUGCAAGACAUUUUUCGCCAAGACCUGUUGCUCGUGAUCUUCACAUCCGCGGUACACAAGAGCGGCCCGGUCCGCUUUGGCGACGACAUUCAUGUGCUUUCCACGCCGGUGCAGGGCCUCUGCCGGUGCUGCGCCUCGGGCCCGCGGCGCAUUAUGCUGCCGGACGAGGAGGAGUGCGCGAUUGCGGGGGAGCAAUACCGGUUGCGCCCCUCCUACGGAGUUACCUCGUACUAUGGGGCGGGCGAGAAAAGCGACAACGUUGUUCUGUCACUCAAAAACUCGCCGCACGAUAUUGCGGCAUUAAGUGCCGUGAAGCGGGGGGUGUCCUCUACGCCAGGCAGUGCUUACAAGGACCCAGUUUUGCUGACAGCGACACCGAGAAACAUCAGUACUGCAACGAAUAGUGCCAACAAAGCCGCGAAUCCGCAGAGCGUGGAUAUUCUUCCGGGCAGCACGACAUCUUCUGGUGCAGGUGCGAUAUCUACCACUACGACAAGCAACGGCGAAGUACAUCCUGCGGCAGUUUCUGUCUCUGCUAUGAAACCUUCAUCAACUUCGACGGUCGACGGCCAGACCGAUGAUCGACAACGGUUCACGUCCUGCUCUACCAGGCCGAGCGCCGACUGGCGCUCUUCGCCCCAAAGCUCGUCUUUCUCCGCCAGCGGGUACAAAAGGAUCAACAGCUUCAACAACGACGCCUUGCGCGAAACACCGGAUUUCGUGCCUGACAACAGCAGCAUCGCAGCGAACUCGGGUCGUGGAGUGCCCUUCUACUCCCAGUUGCCAGGCCAAGAUAUUAGCCAUCGUGAAACGUCCGGCGAAAAGAACAAGAUUACGAACAAUCACGAAGAAUCUACUUCCGUACAAAACCUACAAACCCGUCCACACACGAACUCCACCCGGUACACCAAUCGCGAACUGGAUCACCCCACGCACGACACCAGCGAAACUGAGUCGGAGCAGCCGCUCCCGGAGCUCCCGCGUCUCGUCCCGCACCAGCGGCUCCUCCACGGUGAUGCGUUCAUGCCCUGGACUGCCGCGAAACGGCAGAUGCACCUAAUCGACACCCGAACGUUUCUGGCCGCGGUCAAUUCCGCGCACCAUGUGAAGAGCAUUUUCACGAUUGAGCACGCCGAUCUGGAGAAGCACGCUCUGAUUCAGCUCGGACAAAACUCCAGCUUUCCCACCAUGUCCACGUAUGAAGCGGAGGACCGAUUCAGCAAUAGUCCCCCGUCGUUCCGGGCAGUCACUGAUACAGCAAAUGUCGGCGCGGAAGAGAAUAGUACGAUGCGUGUUGAACAAGGCCCAAAAAUGAACGCAGAGCCACUACCAGCAGCACUUGGGACGACGCCGGACCUUGUGUUGAUCGCUGAAGUAGAUGGUUUUACUUCCGGUGCGCCCUCUAACUGUGGUCCCGCAGGACCAAAGAACAACGUGUAUGAGGAUAUCGACUUUCUACACGAACACGAGGACAAAGCGCCAGCAAAUAGUGGCGAAGGUGAUCAAAUUAUUCCAGACUUGAACAACGUAUCCGACAACUCUGUUCUUUCCGGCAUUCUGGAGAGGAACGCCCGCAGCCUGUCGACGCCGACGGCGACGCACCUAAAUCUCGCCCUGAAUGGCAGCGGUCGAGAUCUGUCACCUGUGUCUUCCCUCGGUUCUCCGCCUGAGAAGAACGGGACGAAGAACAACAAGUGCGUCAGACUUACCGAAGGGUCCCCGUCCUCACAGGUGGGCCAUGUGAAGAAAACUACCGGUUUGCAAGAGAACGAUGCGGCUGGUGGAACGACAAAAUCUUCGAAGUUCCUGAGAAAAAGCAACACCAUGGCGACCCUUCUACCUUCCAGGAAUUGUGAUCUCGCCGAGCAGCACACCCGGCUCGCCGACCCAAACGACGGCCGCUUAUUGGCUAUGAAGAACAAAAAGGACCCAUCUGUCGUGCCGUUUCAGCUUCUGGCUUACAACAUUUGGAUGAUGCCCUCACUGAUCACUGACGUGGCGCCGAAAUCGUGGAACUUGUCCCCCGUGAAGCCGGACCGGGCGAUCCGCAUCCCCGAGGCGAUUUUCAGCUGCAAAAAGCUCCAACGGCUCGACGUGAUCGUGUUCUGCGAGGCCUUUUGCGAAGAGACCAUGCCGCUGAUCUCGAGCCGCCUGCGGGAACGGGGGUUUCUCUACGACACCAUUCCGCCCGUGCUGGGCCGGAGGUUCAUUAGUUCGGGGAUUAAGGUCUAUUCCCGCCACAGAAUCGAGGAAACUGCCUCGGAAAUCUACGACAAGUGCAGCGGCGACGAGCGGUUGGCCGCCAAGGGCUGCACCUACGUGAUGGUCCGGAAAAACGGGCUGCGCAUCCACAUUUUCGCGACGCAUCUGCAAGCGUGGGACGGCGAGCAGGCGCAAAGAGACCGGCGGUCGCAAUUGCGGCAGAUUAGGAGUUUCGUUGCUAAGCGGAACAUUCCCCCGAAUGAGCCCGUUAUCCUCACCGGCGACUUCAACAUCGAGGCCGACAGCCAGUCAGCCGAGUACCAAACCAUGCUGCGAAUCCUCUCCGCGGAAAACUACGACAUCGAGCUGAAGGACCCGUCGGUUUUGGCGUCCAACCAGUGGUGCGAGUUCGGCUCCGUUUCGAGCUCCCCGGCCGAAAGUCUAUUGCUGGACUACGUGUUCGUUGAAAACAACCACCUGCUGCCAAAGUCCGCAAAAGUUACGACCGAAUACCUUCAAAGCUUCAAACCCUUCAUCUACCGCGACCGCCACUUUAACGACCUCUCUGAUCAUUACCCCGUCUUCGGCGACUUCAUAUUCGAACGAAAAAUGCUACGACCUGCCCCAUUAGUAGUACCCAAAAAUCUUCAUCUUCAGGAUACAAAUAGCCCCCGGCAUAAUUCUCAAUUUCGACGACCCAACGGAGAUGACCAGACGCCGAAAGGAGCGACAGGUGCGAGUCCUUGUCUGAGUCCGACAUCAACUGUUACGUAAGUAAGUAAAGGGUGCGCAGCUCAUUUGUGUUGCUUGGCGCCCACGAAAAGAAUUUUUUUUCGGCGAUGCGACACACAUGGACUUCGACAUGCAGAAUCAACGAGAGCAAAAAAUGGAAAGUAGCCUUUUUAGCACCGCAGCAUGUUCUUGAAAGAUCACAGUGAAUAGCUUGGAUUCUGUCGAUGAAGCCGAGCAAACACAUUCUUGCGAUGUCUCCGUCCCAUCCGCUUCGUGGUCGAACCAUGGAAGACUUGGACUUGCGAUUCAUGAUAACGUGACUUCUGUUACGCCGGACUGUAAAAUCGCCUCGUCUCGCUCUCGGCAACUCCACCUCCAUGAAUUUUUCAACGACGGAGAAGAACAACAAAAAGUGACACGAUUCAACAU